UUGGAAAAGGAAGAUAUGAAGUAAAAUGUGCGGGAAAAAUAUGUGGUUACGGCCUUUUCCCUGAGCUUCUGAUGUUCUUUUCUUCUGCUUCUCAAUCACUGGGCUUUGAUUUGUUCAUCUGAUGCACAAACUCGACUUUGAUUUCCACUGACUGCUCGUAGAGAAAAUUCGAGUUCCAGAAAAUGGCCCAAUUCACCACACUCAAUCGUGUAAAGUUGCUGCUGAACGGAGAUGGAGUGCCGUUCGGUUCUGAAUCCAAAGACCGAUUGAGAUACAAGCUCAGAUCAGUACGAAGAAUUCCUUUAUGCCAGUCAAUGUUGUUUGUUGGAAGCGUGCAAUUUGUUUGGAGUUCAUGGAGAAGGCUGAUGUGUUGGAAUACUAUGACCAGACUGUGAAUUCUCCAAGUGGAUCCUUCUAUAUACCAGCAGUCUUAAGGGUUCCUCAUUUAUUGCAAGUUGUAAAAAGAAGAAGAAUCAAGAACUCUUUAAGUCGUAAAAACAUACUUUAUAGGGACAAUUACACUUGUCAGUAUUGUUCAUCACAUGAUAGUUUGACGAUUGAUCAUGUUUUACCCAUAUCCCGGGGUGGAGAAUGGACAUGGGAAAAUCUGGUUGCUGCCUGUGUGAAAUGCAAUUCAAAGAAAGGUCAAAAAACUGUAGAAGAAGCAAAUAUGAAGCUGAAAAAGACUCCCAAGGCCCCAAAAGAUUAUGAUAUACUUGCCAUCCCUCUAACAAGUACUGCAAUAAAGAUGUUGAAACUGAGAAAGGGGACCCCUGAAGAAUGGCGUCAAUAUCUGUCGAAUGAGCAAUGACAUGUAUUUAUAGUGGCACUUGUAAAUUCCUCUUUGCACAUAUCCCAUGAAUUGCACAUAUCAUUUAUGUACUUAAUUCUUCCAACA